AUGUCGGUAUCCCGUUACCCAGCCGAGGAGUCUAGUUCAAUGCCGAAGAGAAUCAAGAUGGGUACCCCAUUGGUGUUAGGUUUUUCAGAUGAGGACAAAAUUAGAACCAUACAGCCACAUGAUGAUACUUUAGUGGUCACACUCAGGAUUGGUGGGUACGAUGUGAAAAAAGUGAUGAUUGACCAAGGCAGCAGAGCUGAGAUAAUGUAUUCCGACCUAUAUAACGGGCUAAAUCUGAAACUUGAAAACUUGUCAGCCGACAGUUCUCCUUUAGUGAGUUUUGAAGGAAAAAUGGUCAUUCCGAAAGGUCAGAUCAGAUUACCCGUGCAAACCGGCCCAGAUGUGGUAGAGGUGGAUUUCAUUGUUGUAAAUGCUUUCUCUACCUACACGGCCAUUAUGGGCAGACCCUGGCUUCAUACCCUAGGGGCUGUCUCAUCUACUCUUCACCAGAAGAUGAAGUACCCAUCUAGAGGCCAGGUUUUGGAGAUAGUAGGAAAUCAAUCUACCGUCAGACAAUGCCUGGUAGUGGAUCCAACAUCGGCCUGA